AUGAAAUUUCUGCAUUCAAAUACAAAAGGUUUGCUUGAUAGCAAUCUUGAGGAUGGGAAAUACAUCUCUGUAUGGGUAAGAACUCAAAGAAGAGACGUGGGUCUUUCUCUCUCUUCCCAAAAAUUGAUUGAAAUUGCCAGUGAGAGUGGAGAACCAGAGAGCCGAUCGUCGACGUCAAAGCUCGUCGGACCAGCUCCAACGCCGAUUGCCGGAGAUCGUCGGACAAUUGGCAUUACAAAAGAUGCCGCCUUCUGUCUUUAUUGCUAUCUUUUCAAGCCGGAUAUUGGUGAUCAAGCGGGAGGUGAAUCUUUUGUUGGUAAUGGCUUUUCAAAUUGGAAAAAGAAACGUAGACUACGUACUCAUGUGGGGGGCCACAACAGUGCGCAUACUCAAGCGUGGAGAAAAUGUGAAGAUUUGUUAAACCAAAAGCAACAUAUUGAGACUAUAGUUUUGAAGCAAUCAGAACAAGCUCGGAUUGAUUAUCGAACCCGGUUGAAUGCAUCAAUUGAUUGUGCUCGAUUUCUUCUAAAUCAAGGACUUGCAUUUCGUGGACAUGACGAGUCUGAAUUUUCACAUAAUCAAGGUAAUUUUCUUGAACUUUUAAAAUUGAGUAUUGGAAGACUGAGGAGGCAAGGUUAUGAUGGUGCUAGCAAUAUGCAAGGUGAGAUAAAUGCAUCAUGCAAGCGGCGAGACAUUCUUAGAGAAAAUGAAGUGGAAAGAGUUGUUAAAGCACUUAAUCUUGGAGAGAUCGAAAGUGGGCGAGGGUUGAACCAAGAAACUAGUCUCAAGCGGCUUGGGGAUACACGUUGGAGCUCUCAUUAUAGUUCUUUGGUUAGGUUAAUGGGUAUGUUUGCAUCGGCGAUUGGUGUGCUUGAAAUAGUCGAGGAGGAUGGUACAUACUUAGAACAAAGAUUAGAAGCAACUUCUUUGUUGGAGUCAAUGCAAUCCUUUGAAUUUAUCUUGUAUCUUCAUAUGAUGAGAACAAUAUUGGGAAUUACAAAUGACUUAUCGCAAGCACUCCAAAGAAAAGAUCAAGAUAUUGUUAAUGCUAUGGCUCUACUUCAAUUGUCGAAAGGGCGGCUCCAAACAAUGAGGGAGAGUGGGUGGAUCACUCUAUUGAAUGUUACAUCAUCUUUUUGUGAAAAACAUGAAAUAGUUAUUCCCAAUAUGGAUGAUUUGUUUGUACCUCGAGGGGGAAAGAGGCGCAAAGCUCAUAAGGUGACAAACUUACAUCAUUUCUGCUUUGAGAUAUUCAACUCCGUUAUUGAUAUGCAAGCUAUUGAACUUGAUGCUCGUUUCCCUGAAUCGACUACGGAGUUGCUUCUAUGUGUGGCAUGUCUGAAUCCAUCUAACUUGUUCUCUUCUUUUGACAAGGAAAAAUUGAUCCAUACGGCUGAAUUUUAUCCGCAAGAUUUUUCCUCUAUGGACCCCAUGAUACUUGAUGAUCAACUUGAUAAUUACAUUGAUGAUAUGCGCACUACCAUUGAGUUUUCAAGCUUGCAUGGAAUUAGUGAUCUUGCACAGAAAAUGGUGGAGAUUGGAAAACACCGAGCUUAUCCAUUGGUCUAUUUGCUUUUAGUUUUGGCUUUAACUUUACCAGUUGCGACUGCUACAGUUGAGAGGGCAUUUUCGGCUAUGAAUUAUGUGAAGAAUCAAUGGCGCAACUGAAUGGGUGAUGAAUGGACAAGUGAUAGCAUGGUUGCAUAUAUAGAG